AUGAAUAAUAAUGAUGAAGCAAUAGAUGAUGAUAAUGAUGAUGAAGAAAUGUUAACAAAAAUGAUGUCCAGUCAAAUGUAUUUAACACCAUUAGAUGUAUUAAAACAUUUCGAAAAAAUUUGGACAAAUGAAAAAGAAGUUCUCACAAUUUAUUUAGCUGCUUUACGAUCACCACAACAUUCAAUAACGCAUGUUCGUAAUAAUCCAAUAACCAAGUUACCUGUUGACAAAGUUCUCGUCGAGUAUUUGAACUUGAUUUGGGAAUCAAUAAAAGAACAAAUUCAAAACGACAGCGAGUCUAAGGAAAGUUUAUCUACUAUAAGCCUUUCACAAUUUCGGCUUGUCGUUAGAGGUGGUGAUGUGGCCGAGGGUAAUAAAUCACGAUUAGCUUUUAACUUACUGAAUCAUAAUGAGAUCGAUCUUACUAAUAAAUUAUCCAACAAUGAAUAUGCUCUUUUUUUAUAUAAAGAAUUUAUUAAACGUGGUACAAUUAUAUUACAACCAGUAUUCAAAAUGGCAAAAUCUAAAGCUGAUAGAAAAGGUAAUUAUUGGAAGUCUGAAUCUGGUAAAUUUAAUGUUGGUUAUUUACAAUUCAAUUUAAAUUCAAUACCAGUUCAACUUCAAUGGCAAAUGCAACCACAACAAAUUAAUAAUUUUAAGAUUCAAUGUGAUGAUGAGGAACGAGAAGUAUUUGAACAAGCAUUAUCACUUAUGGAACAAAUUAAUCCUUUAUUCACAUCGGAAACAUAUCCUAUUAAAGAUUGGUAUACAUUUAUAUCAACAAAUGUUAAAAAAACACUUGAUUUUGAUGAAACUAAAGAUGAUAUUGAACGUAAUGAUGAAAAAAAAGGAAAAAAAUCAACGAAUAAAAACAAACGUGAUUUUAAAUUACUUGAUGAUGAAGAUGUUCUUGAUGAAAAUGAUGAAGAAAAUAGUAAAACAACAGCUACUGCUUUAUCUCAUCUUCGUAAAUUACUCAAAACUGAUACAAUUAGUAAAGAUGUGAAAUCAAGUUUACAUGAUGAUGAUGAUGAUGAUUUUCAUCAUUCAGAUGAUCCAUAUAAAGAAUCAAUUACUACUUCUCACACUACUUGGUCAAUUCCAUCUGAAAAAGAAAAAGAUAAUGAAAAGACGAAAAAAGAAGAAAUGCGAACAAUUGAAUCCGAUCUUAUGUCUUUAUCAAGUACAUCAUCAAAUCCAAGUGUAAUGAUUACUGAACAUAAAGUUUGCAAUUUACUUUCACAAGAAAAAUGUAUGACAUUUACAGAAUUAAUUGAAAACUUUUUACCUGAACCAAAACAUUUGCAAACAAAAGAAAUAAAAUAUAAUAUUGCUCAAGAAUUAGCUACAAUUUUAACACGUUCAAACAUCGAAGGAAAAAUGAUCUGUGGAGAAGCAUGGAUCAAAAUUAGUUGGCAUUAA